UGGGAAUUAUUAGCUUGAAUUAAUUCUUCAUUGAAUUAAAAUACAAGAUAAUUUUUCUAUUUCCAAUAUUUUUUUCACUUAUAAAAUAUGUAUUACCAAAGGAAACUUGGUGUUUUGAAUGUUACAUAAGGUAAUAAUGUUAGCUUUAUCAUGAGAUUCUGAAUAAAUACCAUAAAAUUUAAUAUAUGAUCCAAUUUUUCUAAUGAAAGGUUUUGAUGAAAAUUAAAUAGUUGUGUACUGAGAUUUUAACUAUGAUUGGAAGAUUAUGGAGAUACAAAAAUGUCUCUGGUUGAAACAAUUUGGGUUGUAUCACUGCAUCUGUUCUCUGUAGUUACUCUAGCCGAAUCAAUCUGGGAAGUACACACUGCAUCAAUCCCUGUAGUUACUCUAGCCGAAUCAAUCUGGGAAGUACCCAUUGCAUCAAUCCCUGUUGUUACUCUAGCCGAAUCAAUCUGGGAAGUACCCACUGCAUCAAUCCCUGUAGUUACUCUGGCUGAAUCAAUUUGGGAAGUACCCACUGCAUCAAUCCCUGUAGUUGCUCUGGCUGGAUCAAUUUGGGAAGUACCCACUGCAUCAAUCCCUGUAGUUGCUCUGGCUGAAUCAAUUUGGGAAGCACUCACUGCAUCAAUCCCUAUUGUUACUCUAGCCGAAUCAAUUUGGGAAGUACCCACUGCAUCAAUCCCUGUAGUUGCUCUGGCUGGAUCAAUUUGGGAAGUACCCACUGCAUCAAUCCCUAUAGUAACUCUGGAUGAAUCAAUUUGAGAAGCAUCCACUGCAUCAGUUCCUUGUAGUUACUCUGGCUGAAUCAAUUUGGGUAGUAUUACUGCAUCUGUUCCCUGUAGUUACUCUGGCUGAAUCAAUUUGGGUAGUAUUACUGCAUCUGUUCCUUGUAGUUACUCUGGCUGAAUCAAUUUGGGUAGUAUCACUCCAUCUGUUCCCUGUAGUUACUCUGGCUGAAUCAAUUUGGGUGGUAUCACUCCAUCUGUUCCCUGUAGCAUCUUGCACCUUCCCACUUAAUGUAAUGAGUAUUAACAUAUUGCUUUGGUAAAUCACACUAAGACCCAAACUUUUUAGAUUCUUCAUUAUAGAAAGUAAAUGUCUGCCACAGUGAUCUUCCCGUUGAAUUGAGUUUAUUUUCCAACAGGUUCAAUGUUAGCAUUUAUAGCCUGCACACCUUAAACUUGUUCUCUGGACUAUUUACAUUUAUCACUAUUCUUUUGGAACACCAUGUUGUAUCACUAUAGACUGAUGCUAGUGACUGUCACGACAAAAGCCUAUGAUACUAGAAGAUAUUUGCAUUGCAGGGCAAUUAAAAUAAUACACAACAUUUGUAUCAUUCUAAAAUGACAAACUACAGCAAUAUUAAACUCCUGGAGAUUUUUAAACACUUUGUUAAAUGAACUUUGGAAUUUGAAGAGAUCACAAACUAUUUUAUUGAUAAGGGUAAACUUGUCCUCAAAUAAGUAGUGUUGGAAAUAAUUCACAGAUACUUUCCAGGUUUGUAAACCUGGUUUAUAAUUUUCUUUCUGCUAAAGGUUAUUAAUAUGUUUAUAAACCAAGCAAAAGUAUUUCUCUCCAAUCCUCUAAUUAUGGUAACAUAGAAUCAGUUGCAGCUUCUCUGAAACAUUCUAGUAGAAAUAAAAUAAAUUUUUCACAAUUUAUUCAAAGAUCAUGCCAUGUCAAAAAUUGUGUAUAAAAAUACACCAAAAAACUUCUAUGUUGAAACAAUUUUCUUUUAGUCAAUUCUCCACAACUUCAGCUUUUACGGGAUUUGUAAUUUCUCCUUAUCCUUUGAUAAUACAACCAAUAAAAUAAACUAAGAGGCACAUUUUGAAGCUAACUAAAUUGUUUCAUAUUUUCACAAAUAAUAAUAUUAAGCACU